GUGCACGGAGGAGUUCCGAGGACCAGGCGGCCGCCGAGAGUCUGGUAUCCUGAGCUUCGUGAGUUGAGCGCUGCUGCUCCGCGGUGGAGUCACCGCACCGCUCCCGUGAUCAUGGUGUUCUACUUCACCAGCAGCAGCGUUAAUUCAUCCGCCUACACUAUUUACAUGGGAAAAGAUAAAUAUGAAAAUGAAGAUCUGAUCAAGCAUGGCUGGCCCGAAGAUAUCUGGUUUCAUGUGGACAAACUCUCUUCGGCUCAUGUAUACCUUCGAUUACAUAAGGGAGAGAAUAUAGAAGACAUCCCAAAGGAAGUGCUGAUGGACUGUGCCCACCUUGUGAAGGCCAAUAGCAUUCAAGGCUGCAAGAUGAACAACGUUAAUGUGGUAUAUACGCCGUGGUCUAACCUGAAGAAAACAGCUGACAUGGAUGUGGGGCAGAUAGGCUUUCACAGGCAGAAGGAUGUAAAAAUUGUGACAGUGGAGAAGAAAGUAAAUGAGAUCCUGAACCGACUAGAAAAGACCAAAGUGGAGCGGUUCCCAGACCUAGCAGCAGAGAAAGAAUGCAGAGAUCGUGAAGAGAGGAAUGAGAAAAAAGCCCAAAUUCAGGAAAUGAAAAGGAGAGAAAAAGAAGAAAUGAAGAAGAAGAGGGAAAUGGAUGAACUUAGGAGCUAUUCAUCACUAAUGAAAGUUGAAAAUAUGUCUUCAAAUCAGGAUGGCAAUGAUUCAGAUGAAUUCAUGUAAAAGGAGAAAAGGACCUUUGAAAGAUGUGAAUGUAGAGACAAUUGCAGACCUUUUGGUUUCAUCUGUGUUCUGAAGUAUAAAAUAUAACCAAAAUUCUACCUUCAUCCUACCCAGAAAUUAUUGAUUUUCGAGUUUUAAAAUUUGUACCUUUUUUGCUGACAGAAAAGGAUCAGAUAUGUAUAAAAUAGUUGAACUUGACAGCAUAUAACCUAACGUGAAAAUGUUUUUGCCAGAACAUGUCUUGGUACCUUGUGAAAGCAGGCUACCCUUGUUCUUGAGAUAGACUUUAAAAUGAAACAACUCUGAAAAGUACUUCUGUUGCUCUGGUCUGUCCCUGAAAACAGAUGUCUUGAAACACUUCAUAUUCUUAAAAUAAUCUUCACUUCUGUUAAGAAGAACAUGUUGGUGGGUAAUUAUGCGAAUGUUUCCCUGUCCCUGAUUUCCCGAUUAGAAAAAGGGGCGUAUGGGUUUUGAAAAAGAGAUUUUUCAGAAGAUUGUAAGCUUCAGUAUUCACGUUCCAUCGUGUCGUCUGGGUCUGUAGUGUAGUGACCCUCAGCAGUCUGUCCCAGCUUUUAUAUCCUUGCUUCCUCUGAGCAGGGGCCUCCAUCUUAGUAUCAUCGUAUUUAAAGAAAUUGAUGGUAUUCAUCAAGGUGGGGCCUGUGGCAGUUGUUGCCUGAACACCAAGUAACCCAAGCCACCUCUGCGACAACUUCUGGGCCCAGGAGUAAUUUCUCAGCAUUGAGGGUAAAAUAGGAUGGAGUGCUCUGUUGAUCAUUUGGGAGAUGUAGGUUACCUGAUUUGUGCCUUGGGAUGCAGCGUGAAGCAGAAGUCCAUAUUGCAAUUAUGAUUUUAGAAGGAACUAAGCGUUUCACUAGCCAGCCAAGUAAUUAUUUUCUUUACCUUGAAGUCAUAUUUGAGUUGUAACCCCAGAGUUAAUUUCUCAUUGUAGAUUCAGUAACUUAGUAUGUAACAUUACUUCUCACGUGAACCACUCACUAUCUGUUGUGAUUCUGAGCAGAAGAUGUCUUUUGAUCGCAGUUAUGUAAGGCAACCCCUGUAGAAGGAGACAAAACAAGGAGAAAGAGAACAAAGCCUGUCGGACCAGAGGCAAAGAGAUGGAUAUUUUACUCACACCCACAGCAGCAAGAAUGACCUUCUGCAGCAGAUAUUCCACCUGUAAUAGCACUUUGGAACUGUGGGCAAAACCAAAAGGCUAGUGUUUCCAUUUAUUUCAUGUUGGUGAAUGGGGUUGAACUGGAAAAUUCACUGAGGCAUAACUCACUGGCCAAAUUUUGAGAGGGGAUAGAAGAUGACUUUAGAGGUGAGUGGUUUUGUUUAUGUGUCUAAUGAUAUUCUGCAAUUUUAAAAGUUAUAAUAAAGUAUCAUUUUUUUUAUCUGGAAGGAUAUUGAUAUAUGUAUUCUUAGAAUUUGCUAUAAAAAGGGUAGCCCCCAUUCCACAAGCUGAUUUUGAGGGUGAUCGUACUGUAAAAAACCUCAUCCAUCAUAGGCUUAGUCUGACAGAUUCUGUAGGGGGCUAUCAUCUUUCUCCUCCUCUGCUAAAUGCCUCUUUCUUCUAGCUGCUCACUGGGUCAAAGGGAUGUCCUUUCUCAGAUAUACUCUUGAUUGUGAAUUCAUAGCUGUGCUCCUUCCGUAUUUCAAGAAGUCCGGCUUCUCAAGAAUUCCCCCGUUCCUCACACUGCAACACGUGUAGAUAGCGCCUUUGAAGAAUACCUAUAUUUUUACUAUAGUAUGAGAAGUCCUGGGGCUCAAAUUUUAAACAUUUCCUAACUCUCAGCUUACACUGGUUUAAAAUGUCCAGGUCUCUCUGCUGAAUUCUCUUGUUGAAUUCAUAACUGUCCAACCUCAUCUGUGUUGAUUCCUACGCCUCCACCCCCCAGCCUCUGUGUUUUAUUUUUUCCCCAUCUCUGUUGGUCCCAGGGAAAGCAAGGACAUUUUCUUUUGAGGACUUAUAGGUUGAUCGCCCACAGGUCAAACUGUUGGCAUUGAACCGCUCUCAUUUCUUGCUAUUGGAUUGUUUCCUAAACGUUGGAUAGGGGAAUUCGAAAUUGUUGCUAUUUUUAUGAGCUGUGCCCUUGAUCAAAUCUGUGCUGUGGGUCUGAGUCACUUUGCCAACACUGUCUUCAGUUUCACCACUCUGAUCAGCAUGCAGGCGAGGGGCAUGUUUAGUUUACUUCCCUAACUGCUAUAUUCUAUAGCUUUGGACUUCAUAUUUCUUAUCCACUUUUAUCUAGGCUUUAUGAGCAGGGGAACUUUGUCACCGUGGUUGGGCUAGAACAAAUCUUAAGAAGUGUACCGGCCGGGCGCGGUGGCUCAAGCCUGUAAUCCCAGCACUUUGGGAGGCCAAGACGGGCGGAUCACGAGGUCAGGAGAUUGAGACCAUUCUGGCUAACACGGUGAAACCCCGUCUCUACUGAA